CUGACGAAGUGAUGAUAAAGGUUGGCUCUCCGGUUGCAUAUUGCUGGACACGGAACUCCGGAUGAGCGUAGAAACUGGCAGCGAGAGCCGGUUUUACUUUACCUCGACGAGACGAGACGAGACCGUUCUUGUCCUCUCGCUGAACAGGUUCAGUGGCCGUCAUGAUCAUCCGUAGAGGAUAGGUGAAGGGGUGUGUGUGCAUGUGGCCACAGGUUGUGCAAGAGGACCAUGGAGCCCAAUGUCAUCCGUCUGUACUCUUCCUCUCCGCCUCCACUGGAUGAGGCUGGAGAGGAAGAGGAGGAGGAUGAAUUUGGUGAGUUUGGGGGUUUCGAUGGUGGAGGGGUUUCAUCCAGUUUCAGCUUCUCGGAGCUCGACACUCCAACAGCAUUCAACCAAUCAAACGCAUUGGAGGACUCCCCACCUGACCUGUACAUCAAAUCCAUGCAGAAUGUAUCCGGAAGUAAAAGGGAAAAUGAGAAAAAAAUGGUUGGAGAAUUAAUUAACAGUGUCGAAGAAACAGAGAAGAAAUCGUCUGACAUUCUCACAAAUGGUGUGAAGUCCUCCAACCUACAGACGGAGCUCUCUGACGAAAAUGAUCAGAACUCUCUCUCGAUAAUUCCUGAUGUCCCAAACAACAGCACGGGUAAUGAACACAUCCUCAGUAAUGGCUACAGUGAGUCUUGUGCAACUUCAGAGCAGGACAGAGCUCUUUCCACCUGCUUACAAAGCACAGACACCGAGGAGUGCUCUGAACUAGACGUCAGCACAGCUGAUGUGUUAGACAGAAAACAGUUAAUUAACCAAAUGGACAACCUGCCAGACUCGAGCAAUCAGUCAUUGCAAAAAGAAGAAUCUGAACCUGGAAAGGCGGAAACGAGACUGGAGUUAUCUGGUGACUCCCAGUCAUUUACUUCAUGUAGAGAUGCACAGGAGGCUGAAGGUGAGCAGGAUCAAAUGGAGAACUUUGUUGUUUGUGGUGACGCAAACUGUCUAGACAGGUCUGUAGACUUUGUUGACUUAGCCGAAACAGAGACGGACCCCUCAGUGGAUGUGGAUCUAAUCUCUGACACGCAGCUGAGUGGAGACACAAGGGAAAUUCAUGGAUCGUCUGUUAAGGCAGAGGUGGAAGUAAACGAGGAGGUUGAGAAACACGUAGACCCCACAGCUGAUGAGGAUUUUGGAGAUUUCAGAGAUGCAGCUCAGGGUUUUGCCGACUUUAGCCGAACCGAAUCUAUAACCCAGGAAGGGUUUCCUGAAUUUGUCACAGCAAUGUCCAGGUGCUCCACAGAUGAUGAGUUUGGUGACACGGACACCCUGAAGGACUUCAGGGAUGAAGAUGUGUUGGCUGAGGAAGCAGGGGAUGAAGAAGUAGCUUUUUGUUCUGAAUUGCCUCCUAGUGACAGUUUUGCUGACUUCAGUUCAGCUCCGUUUGAAGGUGUGGCAGUGGGAGAGGAGGACAACUGGGCUGCAUUUGGACCAGGUGAAGCCACUGAAGAGGCUCAGGGUUCAUGGGCCACAUUUGGGAAUGAACGGAGUACUCAACUGGGUAAAGAAGAACAAGGUUUUGAGACUUCAGUAGCACCCUCUAGUGACGACCUCCAGAGUAGCACUGCUGAUUUUAGCUGCAAAACACAGCAUCUAUUCAGAACCGCCUUCCCUUCAGACAUCCCUCCCGAGGUCAUUGGGGUCACUGAGGUCUUGCCCCUCCACAAGUUCCUCCAGGCUGAGGAUCCUCAGGAGCAGAGGGAUCCAAGCAGCUCUUUUGCACAGGAGAAUGCAUUGGGCAUGUGGCGCCACCUUCAGGACAUCCACGGCACUCAUGGCCUUAAGUACAAGUGGGCAGGUUCCCAUAGCAACAGAAUACUUCUGGAUUGCCUAGGAAUCAGGAAUAUUUUAUUCACUGGAGAUAAGAAGCAGCCAGUGAUUGUGCCUAUGUUUGCUGCUGGACUGGGAAUGCUGGAACCCACCAAAGAGUCUCAAAAAUCUCCAGCCUCCCCUGCACUUUCUCUUUCUGCUCCUGUGGACAGUGGAAAUAUUCUAUGCACUCAGGUGGCGCCCUCUUUGGCCAUUAGUAUUGACGCGCAUGAUGGUGGAAUAUCUGAGCUAAAUUUGGACUAUUUUGGCCCUGUGGAUGAAUGUAGCUCAGAUAGUGAAACUGACACCCCACUACCAGGAGUUGAUCCAGAGAUAUACGAACUGACUACAGCUAAAAUGGAGAACAACACCACUGGUCGCUACAUUGCAGAUGCAUUUACAAAACUCAUGGAGUCUAUGGAGAAGACCAGAACAACAGCCAGGAAGCCAGAAAAAGAUGAAAAGAUAAGCGAAGAAGCAGCAAAGGUCAUCUCUCUUCUCCCUGACCUGUCCUUCAUGCGGGCCAGGGUUCUAAUGUUCCCCUCCAUCCUAACUCCAGCAGCCAAUGACAUAUAACCGAACAUGGCAUCAGCCAAUCAGCUUCAUCGUUCAUUGGUUUUAGAGGCCGCUCCAAAAACAAUUAAACUCGUUUCUUCCAUGUUUAAUAUAAUGAUUUAAUGUUUUAAAUGCUGCCUAUUUCCUCAUUAGUUACCUAAUUUGAAACCUCCAGCUAUAAAGACAUUUUAUCUGGUAUACACACAGUAUUUAGAACAGUAUAUUCAUUUGUGUUUUUUUAUGGUUUUAUUUUGAGUGGUGUUUGUGAAAUCUUUUCCUAAAUGGCACUUCUCGCUCAAUGAGAUGAAAUGCAGAAUUGCACAUUUUACUACUUGAAACCAGAGUAAGCAAAUAAAUACUGACCCCUGGUUGCUAUAAAAAUACAUACAUAUAUAUAUAUAUCUCUCUCAGUAUGUGGUUUCUUUUUAUCUCUCUGUAUUGUUUUAAAUGUCAUUCAGUUCAGUGCUUCCUUUUUAAAUGGUUUGUAACUACCUGCUUUAGGUUAUUGUUCACCUUUCAUCUUCUAACCGUCCUUUUCUUUUUACUUCCAGUAGUUGUUUUAUUUAUUUGUUUUUCCACAACUGACAAGCACACAGGAAAAGACUGUAUAAUAAAGCAGUUUUGAUAAGAAGUAAUCUAAUAAGGGAGCUGCAUCUUAUUGCAUUCCUGCUUUUUUUUUAACUUGUUUGUUGUUGUUUGUUUUAUUAAUAUGUCUUGUCACUGUGUAUUAUUUUAAGGUGAAGCUUUUGCACAAUCUGACAUACUAUGAAUAUGACAGCAGUGCUGUGACUUCUUCAAGAAAAGAUGGCUUGUAGCUACUGCUCCUGUGGGGAAAAAUGUAUAAAGGAAGCUGCGUCUUUGUCUUUUAUUGUAAAUUGUACUUUAAAUUGUAAGUUUGACAAUAAUAAAAUCCACAGAAAUCAGUA